GUUCUCGCAAAUACUCGUGUGCGCACGCGCAGCCAGAAGAUUUCUUUUCCGGUUUGGCCCUAACCAAAUACAGCAGGAUGUUGAUGCCCAAGAAGAAUCGUGUUGCUAUCUACGAAUACCUCUUCAAGGAGGGUGUGAUGGUAGCGAAAAAGGACUUCAAUGCUCCCAAGCACCCAAACCUUGAUAUACCAAACCUGCAUGUCAUCAAAGCUUUGACGUCGCUUAAAUCUCGAGGAUAUGUGAAGGAACAGUUUGCCUGGAGGCAUUACUACUGGUAUCUCACAAACGAAGGCAUCCAGUAUCUUAGAGACUUCCUUCACCUGCCACCGGAGAUUGUGCCAGCAACUCUCAAGAGACAGACCCGAGCUGAGCCUGCACGCCCAAGGCCCAAGGGUUUCCCAGAUAAACCGACCGGCUAUGGGUCUGAACGAGCGGAACGUGAGGGGUAUAGAAAGGCAGGACCACCAGGUGGCGGUGAUAAGAAGGGCGAUGUGGGACCAGGCACUGGCGCCAUGGAGUUU